GAUCCCGUUUUCCUCGUCCCUUUGGCUUUUUCCCCGGCGGCUGACCACGGUCGGGAAGUCAGAGGUCUCGUUCUCCGCCGCCUUCCGGUUUCCUCCGCAGCUGUCGCGGUCUCCGACGAGGGGCAGGUGGCGUUUCGCUCCGCCGUCUGUUUUGGAUGCCUUCUCGUCAUGGAGUUCCCUGAUUUGGGAAAGCAUUGUUCAGAAGAAACUUGCAGGCAGCUAGAUUUUCUUCCUUUGAGAUGUGACGCGUGUAAACAAGAUUUCUGCAAAGACCAUUUUGCCUGCGCUGCACACAACUGUCCCUUGGCCUUCAAGAAGGAUGUCCAGGUCCCAGUCUGCCCGCUUUGUAACAGCCCAGUCCCAGUGAGAAGGGGGGAGCUGGCCGACGCCGUGGUUGGUGCGCACAUGGACGGAGGGUGUAAGUCGCGCCCCCGGAGGGACGAGAAGGUUUUUAGGCACCGGUGCUCCCGAGGCGGCUGCAGGAGGAAGGAGGUGCUGCCGGUGGCCUGCGGCCAGUGUCACGGCAGCUUCUGCAUCCAGCACAGACACCCGCUGGACCACGGCUGCAGCCGCGGGGGCCGCCCGCUCAGCACGGCCGGGUGAGCGGCGAGUCGGCUCCGCGGGCGCCGGCCGACAUUCAAAGUGGAUUCAAAGUGGAUCCGGGCCAACGCGGGCUCGCGUCCCUGCUUUUGCUGCGACGGUGCUGCCGGAGCUCCGCCGGCCUCGUGGACGCCCCCCCCCCCCGGGGGGGGCUCUUCGUCUUCCUGUGGCCUCUCUCUCUGUGCUCAGUGUCCAGACGUCCCCUUUUAUAAAGACACCGGUCGCGGGAGCUUUGGGGCCGCCCGCUCCACUGUGAGCCCACCCUGCCCAGUUACCUGUCCAGCGACCCUCCCUCCAAACACCGCCCCGUCCUGGGCUCCCGGGUGUAGGACCCCACCCCAUCCUGUGACGGGCAGUCUGGUCCCUCCACGGGUGCUGGCCCCGAGGGACGGAGCCCGUAGGCGGUCCUGUCACUUCACGGGGACUUCCUCAUGUGGCCUGUGCCGGCACUGGGCCGGGGGUUCCCUCGAGCCGUGCAGGUGGCUUUCUUGGUGACGGAUGAGGGGCUGGGCGAGCGCCCCCCGUGCCUUUCUGUGCUGGAGCUGGGCUGCACAGCCUCGUAGCUGAGCCCUCGGAAGCAGGAGCCACCCCUGGGCUUCCCGGCCUCCAGAUACGGACGGGGUGGGGGUGGGGGGGGGGGGGUCUGACCUCGAGCAGCUGUCGCCCCGGACACAGGAGCAGCUCCGUCCAGCCCAGGGUGACCGAGAGUCGCCGUAGUUGGUUUCAGAAGCAGUGCUGGCUGGCACGUCUUUUGUACAAUCAGUGUAUUGUUUCCACACGAGCAAAUGCUUAUAGUUUAGAAACAAGUUCUUGUUCCGUUUCGGGUCGAAAAUAAAGCGGCGUUGAUGGGA